UCACUUCAGCCAUCUCCAUCCCGUGGCGUGUGAGAUGAGUUCAGGCGGGAUGUGAGGCACCAUCAGGGCUCUCCACAGGGAAGCUGAGCCAAAAGCAUCCCUCGGAGCUGGAUCCUCAACCCACACGAUGCUGAGCAUCAAGCUACCCCGGCUGCUCAGCAUCAACCAAGUGCCUAAGGGGUACCAGGAGCAGGGCAUCCUCUUUGGGUAUCGCCCACCCCGGAGCUCGGCAGCCGAUUGCCUCCUCAGCGUCUUCCAGAUGACGAAUGAGACCCUCAACAUCUGGACCCACUUUGUGCCUGCCUGGUACUUUGUGUGGACCCUGGUGGGGCGGCUGCAGGGCCCAGGGGGCCGGGAGGACCCCAAUGCCUGGCCCCUCCUCGCCUACCUCCUGACCUGCUGCAUCUACCCCUUGGCCUCCAGCUGUGCCCACACCUUCAGCACCAUGUCCACCCGCACCCGGCACAUCUGCUACUUCUUUGACUACGCUGCCCUCAGCAUGUACAGCCUGGGAUCCGCCCUGGCGUACUCAGCGUACAUCUUCCCGGCGGGAUGGGUCGACAGCACCUUCCAUCACUGCUACGUGCCCAUCGCCGUGUUCAACACUGUGGUCAGCACCAGCCUGUCCUGCUACUCCAGGUUUCUGGAGGUGGAGCGGCCCGUGUUCAGCAAGGCUUCCCGCAUCCUGGCCUUCGCCUACCCGUACCUCUUCGACAGCAUCCCUCUCUUCUACAGGUUCUACCUGUGCAUGGCAGAGAGCUGCACGGAGGCUGCCAUCCCAGUCCAUUAUAAGCACACCGCUUUUGCCUUCCUCACUUGCUUCAUCUUCGCCAGCCAUCUGCCAGAGCGACUCGCACCAGGACACUUUGAUUAUAUCGGGCACAGCCACCAAGUUUUCCACGUCUGUGGGAUCAUCGGCACGCACUUCCAGAUGGAAGCCAUCAUGAUGGACAUGGCUGAGCGGCACGACCGGCUCCUGCCCUCCUCGCUGCUUCCCUCCUCCCUGCAGACCCUCGCCUCCAUGGGCAUCUGCAUGGCCAUGAACCUGGCUGUCAUCGGGCUCUGCUCCAUGUCCCUGCGCUUCAUGCCAGAGCCUCUGCAGAGAGAAAAGCCACACAAGCAUUAGGCUUUGGGUCUAGAUGGCGUUUAUGCUGCUCCAUGGGACAGACCCCAAACAAGACGUGGAUGGGUGAGGAGUUUCUUCACCUAAACUCUCUGAGAAAAGGUUUAUUGACCAUUUUCUCAAGAGCAAACCACAAUUGCACUGGUUUUGUACAUAUAGCUUCCAAGCUGGGGACAUGAUGAAAUGCUCUUAAUCAAGUUGCUGUUUUACCACAAGAUGUAUUUAAAAUACUCAUAACUUCUUCUCUCAAAGGGAAAUAAGUGCUAAUACUUCCCAAAGCAAUAGGCAUUCCCCAGGUCUGCCUUACGGAGCAAUCAGGGAGGCAAGGGAACGUGAGCAAUGCAUCUGGUCACACAGAUGUCAUUGGUUUAAACCAACAGCCAAGCCUCUUUAGUGAAGGCAUGUCCAAUGGCUUUCCCUGGGGCUCCUUAACUAAGGUUUUCACCUUGAAAGUGGCAUUAUAUUGAGAUUAAAACCUCAAAUACCUGUGUUACACAGCCUUACACUAAACCCAAGUGCCUGACAAAUGUGGAAUUGAGACCAGAGUUUGGUUAUUGUUUUAAAUUCAGCUAUUUUUAAUCAUGACCCAAAAAGAGUUAUUCCAGGAGAACUCACCAUAGGAAUUCCAUUCUCCUCUAGAAUGGCUUUAUUUUGGGUCCAAUUCUGGUGCUUAGGUAAAUCCUGGGAAAUGAAUGUCCAUGGGGGAGCUGAGCUCCUGCCUGUAGCUGCUUGGUGGUUGAUGCAGCGCCAAGCAGAGCAUGGGUGGCUCUGUCCUUCCCUCCUGGCACAGACACCUCCGUCCUGGUCAUGGCUGGGCUCCUUCCCUAACCCCAUUUGUGGCAUCAGACAUGAGCUGAGCAAGAAGCAGGAGCCUGUGCAGUGUAGAGCCAUGAGCUGUGUCGGCUGAAAGGCAGGAUUUGGAGCGGCUGAUGCACAGUGGGGGUCAAACCCUGUCAUUUUAAGGCAUUCCCAGAGUUAGACCUCAGCUCACCCAGCAUCAGCCCUGCACUCUGCCUGUCCCUCCUGGCUCUCCUUGCCGCUGUGUCUGGAUUUAGCAAGGAGAAGCAGAGUGCAUGGAGAGAGCCCGGAGGUGCCAGCUCAGCUGGGAUGGAAGCUGUCACCUUGGAUUUACCAACACUGCACACGAGGUACAGGAACGUGCGAUGCAAAGCUGACUGCUGGGGAAUGGGAUCGAGCUCCUUGAUAAUCAUACGGGUGUGACAUUUGGUGGGUGUAGAAUUGCCUCUCUCAAGGUAUAACUGAUGCACUUUUGAGUGACAAUACAACGGCUCAUUGCAUCUAUCAUGGGACAAGGAACUCUUUUUGAGAAACAGCUUUCUUUUGAAAGCUGACCAAGAUUUCUAUUAAUAUUUAUAAGCACUGGAACGUAAUUGUUUAUUCAACAGUUUUAUUGCAUUAAAAGAGAAAACUAAUAUAACUCUCGCACUGACCUACACCAGCCUGACUUGUAUAGCUCCAUAUAAAUGCUGCCUGUGGAAAUUAAUCACUCCAGAGAUAAUUGCUAAUGAUUGCAAAGCUUCUUUACUUGAUGUGACCGGGAUGGAAUCUGGCUCUGCGUGCAAGGCGUUAUCAAAGAGGCUGUCCAAUUUACAUCGAUCCUUACACAGUGUUUCUUGGUUGUUUUAUUUGUGGAUUUGGGAAGUUCUCUCCUCCUCCUCAGGUGAAAUUAUGUGUAGGAAAAUGACAUGAGAAUACAUUACACUGUAUUUUCCAUUACCAUUCUCCCUCUGGAUCCUGCAGCGCUUUGUAGGGACCCUUUGUCUGGCAUAUACUGGAUGAGUGACUGUUUGCUCUUGACGCAGCCGGAUUCCUUCUGCAGUUGGAGAUGGGCCUUCAAAAACCUAUUGAAUGUACUAAAUUCUAUUCACAGAAAGAAAUAAAAGCAGUGUCAGAUUGUUACGA